AUGAAUCCAAAAUAUACAGCUGUGAUGGACGAUGAGCUUAGAAAUUCUGUAGAAUUUGUGAGAAAUGAUUACGCGAAUGGUGUAGAAUCUAAGAGGGUUCCAAAUUAUAGGAAUUAUGAUAGCAACAUCAAUCAAGUAGCAUAUGGAAAUGAUGAAAAUGCAGCGGCAUAUGCGGAUAAGAGCCUGAGCAGCAUUUACGGGAAAAUCGUAAAAAUAAGGAAAGAGCUGGAGAAGUCAUACAAUUUGUUUUACUCAUACAAUUUAAUUGUUUCGAAUGAAGGAGAAAAUAACAAUUUGCAUAGUAAUUAUUCUAACAUGUACAAACGAAAUGAUGCUUUAAGAAUAAAUACAAAUACCAAGAAUAAUUUAACUUUAAAUAAAAUAAAUGCUUUAACAAAUUCCUUCUUUAUGAAUGUCGAAACCUUAAAAAAUACAUAUUCUUUUGUAAAUGCAAAUAAUAUGAACAGUCAGACAAUCAAAAAUCAUGAAAAUGUAAUAUGGGAAAGAAGAGUAGAAACAUUAACAAAUGAAGCUAAUUCUUACAUUAAGACUUUGGAUGGAAUAUAUAAAAGCAACCUGAACAAUUCAGAAAGAAAUAAACAAAAUGAAAUGAAGACCAAUAAUUCGUAUAAAGACUCAAGGAAAAACAAGAAGAUAUACGGAGCCGAUUCAACUAUCGGAUAUUUACACAAUGAAAAGGAAAUUUUAAAAGAAGUAGAAAACAAUUUAAAUGUAUUCCACGUUCAAGGAAUGAGCACCUUAGAAUUAAUUAGAAAGCAAAAUAAAUUUUUAAAAAAUAUUCGUAAAAAAGUUAUUGAUAUAUACAAUUAUGUUGGCUUGUCGUCUUCUUUAACGGACGCUAUAAAAAAAACACAUAAGCAAAAUUUGAUUAUUGUUAUUGUUGGUAUGAUCUUGUGCUUGUUUUUUUUUUAUCUCCUUUUCAUCCAUUUUUCCGGUUUGUUUUUUUCGCAUCAUUUUGAAUUUUUUUUUUUUUUUUUCUACUGUUUAAUAAACAGACAUUUAUAA